UGACCGUUGGCGUCAUCGUCUCAUUUUUAGCAUCAUGGCGUGGCGUUUUAUAUAUUUUGACAAUGAAAAUUUCGUUUGAAAAAUUUCGCAAUUUGAAUUGUAAUUUAGAUUUUCUGUACCGAAUAAUCGUGAGUUUUGUACGAUAUGGAAAAGUUUAAAAGGGUACUCGAAGAGGAGGCAAACGACAGCUCUCAAGAGUUGGAUAAUACAAGUUUUUCCACUCUACUAAACGACAUUGGAAUUCGUGCCAACUACUUGACAUCUUUCAAGAACAUCAGAACCGAUUGCAAAAACCUUCAUCAAGAGUACAAUGUCUUACAGCAAAAAUACGACGAACUAAAAUCGCAAGAGACUAACUUACUAUUCCAACGUAAUGACUUACUAUCGCUACUGGAAGAGAAAAAAUCGCUCUGUGAAAUAGAAAUAGCCAAGAAACGUUUAAAUGCUCUGAAAAGAUUAACGAAGUUGAAAUGGCUCAAGUCUUCGAAUCGUAUCGAAGGAUUCGUUUUCAACGAAAAUAACGGAUAUUUGGAACAUUUCAGUUACGAAAAUACAGAUCCUUCGAUCAUGACCAAAGUAAGACGUGGAAUGCAUCAGGCAUUGGAUUACAAUUUUCACAAUCAUUGUGUGUUUUGAAUUUGUAUUUAUGUUUAUACUCGCUGCACUCGAUUGCGUUUUUUUUAUUCGUACCAGUGAGCUUUUACUUUUGUUCUUGUAUUGAAAUUAUGUUAUGCAUGUAUUUUUGUUUCAUCUCUCAAAGUUCCACCGAUGUCCCCGUACUCGAUUCGUAUUUUACAUGUUGAUAAUUUAAAUUACUUGACGUCAAAGUAAAUGAAUUCAUUAGAUAGUUUCGGAGUCUGGUUGUGAUGGUUUCGUUGAACGGCGUAUCAUGAAUUCUAAAGUUGUUUGAAACAGAUAAAGAAUUGAAUUGAUUGAUAACUUAGAUACGUCGUUUUACUAAACAACUGAUGAAUCGUUUGGUUAGAUUUUUCGAACUCGUUGACAUUCCAUUUCGAAAGAGCAUAAAGACAAGUAGUGAUAGUAGGAUACUAUCUCCAUUUGGCUAUAUGCUCUUUCUAAAUGGAAUGUAAACGAGUUCAAAGGAUCUGAACUAUUAAUUACAGAUCCGAAUAAAUCAAAUUUGGCUAUUUUACCGUUACUGAUUAUUUAACGAGUUCGAAGGAUCCAAACCACUAAUCAUAGAUCCGACUUACGCUUCAUUUAUCAAAAUUCUAUUACUGUCCACGUACUCGAGUCGUAUUUUUCAUGUUGAUAAUUUAAAUUAUGUGAUAUCGAAGUAAAUGAAUUGAUGUAUUACAUCUUUUCGGAAUCUGGUUGGCUUUCAGUGGUUUUGUUGAACUACAUCAUGAAUUCUCAAGCUGUUUCAGAAACAGCUAAAGAAUUGAUCUGAAAUUAUUUUGAUGCUUCGUAUUACUAAGCAACUGAUGAAUCAUUUAGUUGGAUCCUUGAAACUCGUUUGUAUUCCAUUUACAGAGAGCACAAAGACAAGUUGUGAUAGUAGGAUACUAUCUCCAUUUGGCUAUGUGCUCUCUCUAAAUGGAAUACAAACGAGUUCCAAGGAUCUGAACUAUUAAUUACGCAUCCGAAUCCGAAUAAAUCAACUUUGGCUUUUUUCCAGUUACUGAUUAUUCAACGAGUUCGAAGGAUCCAAAUCACUAAUCAUAGACCCCCGACUUCUGUUACAUUUAUCAAAAUUCUAUUACUGUCGCCGUACUCGAGUCGUAUUUUUCAUGUAGAUAAUUUAAAUUAUGUGUUAUCGAAGUGGAUGAAUUGAUGUAUUACAUCCUUUCAAAAUCUGUUUGACUUUCAUUGGUUUUGUUGAAUGAAGUAUCACGAAUUCUCAAGCUGUUUCAAAAACAGCUAAAGAAUUCAAUUGAAAUAAUUUUGAUGAAUCGUUUAGUCGGAUCCUUGAAACUCGUUGACAUUCCAUUUAGAAAACGCACAAAGACAAGUAGUGAUAGUAGGAUACUAUCUCCACUUGGCUAUGUGCUCUUUCUAAAUGGAAUGUAAACGAGUUUGAAGGAUAUGAACUAUUAAUUACACAUCCGAAUAAAUUAACUUUGGCUAUUUCCCGUUACUGAUUAUUUACUUAACUAGUUCGAAGGAUCCAAACCACUAAUCAUGGAUCUGACUUUUGUUUCAUUUCAUCUGACAAAGUUCUACUAACGUCCCCAUACUCAAGUCUUAUAUUUUUAUUUUUUCAUUUUGAUAAUUUAAAUUAUGUGAUAUCAAAGUAAAUGAAUUUAUGUAUUACAUCUUUUCGGAAUCUGGUUGGCUUUCAGUGGUUUUGUUGAACGACAUAACCAACAAACCAACCUAGUGUCAAAAACGUAAAUUUUACAGGAAGGGCAUUUGAAGUUUUGAGUCUAUGUAUCAGGUGAUCAAAAAUUUGUAGUUCCGUGAAACUUGCACCACUUUUGGCCCCCUUGAGUGUCAACAUAACCCGAUAAUUUUUUUUUUCAAAAUCAUCGCAUUCAAGGUUGCCAAGUCCAAUUAUCAAAAUUUUCCAAAAUCAAUUUUUUCAAUUUUUUUGAAAUUUUUACCAAAAAUGUUGCAAAAACUACCCGAGUAUGAAUUUUUAAUGAAGAAUAAGUUAUUAUUAUUAAAUUAAUCACGUUUUUUAACAAAUUUGUUCAAGCUGAAAAGAGUUGAUUUUUCCAGCUCAAGCCUUACUCAAAUUCCAAAAUAUGGCACAAAUCCUCCAAAUGUGGGCCGAUUGUUGCAAAAAUUUGCAUUUAGACUCCCCAGAACAUACUUUUCAAGAAAAUCAAAAAAAAAAAUUUUUCAACUUUUACUGUAGUUGCUCUAUUUUUUGACCUCAGAUUUAGGGUCAAGAGAAUCGUUCGCGAACGUUUCAACCCCCACAGUCGGAUUCAGCACCCUAAGUACUACUAAUAUCCACCAUAAAAAAGAUAUAAAUUUUUUGGACACUAAGUUGGUUUUCUCGUGACAGAUCACAUAUUAUGAAUUCUCAAGCUGUUUCAGAAACAGCCAAAGAAUUGAACUGAAAUAAUUUUGAUGAAUUGUUUAGUCAGAUCCGUCGAACUCGUUGACAUCCCAUUUAGAUAGAGCACAAAGACAAGUAGUGAUAGUAGGAUACUAUCUCUAUUUGGCUAUGUGCUCUAUCUAAAUGGAAUGUGAACGAGUUCGAUGGAUCUGAACUAUUAAUUACAGAUCCGAAUAAAUUAACAUUGGUUUUUUUCCAGUUAGUGAUUAUUCAACGAGUUCGAAGGAUCCAAACCACUAAUUAUAGAUCCUGACUUCUGUUUCAUUUAUCAAAAUUCUAUUACUGUCCCCAUACUCGAGUCGUAUUUGUCAUAUAGAUAAUUUAUUUAAAUUAUGUGAUAUCGAAGUAAAUGAAUUGAUGCAUUACAUCUUUUCAGAAUCUGGUUGACUUUCAGUGGUUUUGUUGAAGGAUAUAUCACGAAUUCUCAAGCUGUUUCAGAAACAGCUAAAGAGUUGAACUGAAAUAAGUUUGAUGAAUCGUUUAGUCAGAUCCUUCGAACUCGUUGAUAUUCCAUUUGGAAAGAGCACAAAGACAAGUAGUGAUAGUAGGAUACUAUCUCCACUUGGCUAUGUGCUCUUCCUAAAUGGAAUAUAAACGAGUUUGAAGGAUCUGAACUAUUAAUUACAGAUCCGAAUAAAUCAACUUUGGCUAUUUUCCCUUACUGAUUAUUUACAUAACGAGUUCGAAGGAUCCAAACUAAACCACUAAUUGUAGAUCCGACUUCUGUUUCAUUUAUCGAAAUUAUAUCAAAGUCCCCAUACUCGAGUCGUAUAUUUUUUCAUAUUGAUAAUUUUAAAUUAUGUGAUAUCGAAGUAAAUGAAUUUAUGUAUCACAUCCUUUCGGAAUCUGGUUGACUUUCAGUGGUUUUGUUGAACAACGUUAUUAUGAAUUCUCAAGCUGUUUCAGAAACAGCUAAAGAAUUGUACUGAAAUAAUUUUGAUGCCUCGUUUGACUAAACAACUGAUGAAUCUUUAGUUAGAUCCGUCGAACCCGUUGACAUUCCAUUUGGAUAGAGCACAAAGACAAGUAGUGACAGUAGGAUACUAUCUCCAUUUGGCUAUGUGCUCUAUCAAAAUGGAAUGUGAACGAGUUCGAAGGAUCUGAACUAUCAACUUUGGCUAUUUUCAAAGAGUUUUAAGGAUCCAAACCGCUAAUAAUAGAUCCGACUUCUGUUUCAUCUGACAAAGUUCUACUAAAAUCUCCAUACUCAAUUCGUAUUUUUCAUGUUGAUAAUUUAAAUUAUGUGUCAUGUCGAAGUAAACAAAUUUAUUACAUAUUUUUGGAAUCUGGUUGACUUUCAAUUGGUUCUUUGAAGGACGUAUCUUGAAUUCUCAAGCUGUUACAAGCAACAAAAGAAUUGAACUAAUCAAUUAUUACUUGGAUGUGUCGUUUGACUAACAACUUAUGAAUGGCUUUGAUCCUUCAAACUUCUUCACAUUCCUUCACAUUCCAACCAUACAGCGCACAUAGUCAUGUAGUGAUAGUAAGAUACUAUCUCCACUUGGCUAUGUGCUCUGUCUGGUUGGAAUGUAAACGAAUUUGAAGGAUGCCAAACCAUUAAUUACAGAUCUGAAUAAAUCAACUUUGGCUAUUUUCCCAUUACUGAUCAUUUAACGAGUUUGAAGGAUUCAAACCACUAAUUAUUACAGGCCCAAAUAAAUCAAUCUUGGCUAACUGAACAACUCCAACUCGUUCAUGUUCCACUUACACAGAGCAUAUAGUCAAGUAGUGAUAGUAAAAUACUAUCUCCAUUUGGCUAUGUGCUCUGUCUAAGUGGAAUAUAAAUGAGUUUGAAGAAGCCAAACCAUUAAAUUAUUAAUUAAAGAUCCGAAUAAAUCAACUUUGGCCUCUCCCAUUAGGAUCCCAACCACUUCUCUCUGAUCCGAAUAAAUCAACAUUGCCUGAACAACUCCAACUCGUUCAUGUUCCACUUUGAAAGGGCAUAUAGUCAAGUAGUGAUAGUAAGAUACUAUCUCCAUUUGGCUAUGUGCUCUUUCCAAGUGGAACAUGAACGAGUUUGUAGAAGUCAAACCAUCAAGUACAGAUCCGAUUAAAUAAACAUUGGGAUUCAAACCACUAAUCACAGGUGUCCAUUUAACCUUGGCUAACUGAACAACUCUGACUCGUUUACUUUCCACUUGGAUAGUGCACAUAGUCAAGUAGUGAUAGUAAGAUACUAUCUCCAUUUGGCUAUCCCUGCGGGGCUAUCCAAGUGGAAUGUGAACUACUUUGAAGUAGCCAAACCAUUAUUUACAGAUCCAAUUAAAUAAACUUUGGGAUUCAACCCACUAGUUGCAGGUCCAAAGAAAUCAACCUUGGCCAACUGAACAACUCUAACUCGUUUUUAUCCCACUUGGAUAAUGCACAUGGACAAGUAGUGAUAGUAAGAUGCUAUCACUAUUUGUUCAUGUGCUCUACCCAAGUGGAAUGUAAACUUGUUAGAAAGAGCCUAACUAUUAAUUACAGAUCCUUUGAACUUGUUAAUUAAUUUGAACACAACUUUUCCAUAUUUAUGUGCUUUGCUAUUCAACACUUCCCAUUUGAAUGAGUGAAUGCAGCUUAUGAGAGAUUUUAAUUUUUAUCCCAGUAAAAUACGGUUCAUUAAUUAAUUUUAUUAUUCAUAUUGUACACAAUACGUGUAGAGAUACUAAAAAUAUUUACAUUAUAAAUACAUGUUCAUAAUGUUAAAUUGGUUUGUGGCUAUUUUCUCGAAUAAAAGUAAAAACUCAUAA